AGAAAACGAGUUGGUGGACAGCGAGAGAUAGAUAGAGGGAACGCACACAUUCAGGCUGACGCCAGGGGUCCAGGAGUGGCUUUUGCUCAAUCACUCUGUCUGUGUCCGCAUCCACCCGGUUUCUUGGAUCGCAUUCUCAACCACAUCUCCUCUCUCUCUCUGCCUUUCUUGGUGUGAAAUCUACGGUUGAUUUUUGUCGUACCCAACCGCUGUCUUGUGGCUCUCAGUCCCUAAGAUUCAAUUCCCAUUCCUAGAUUCUCUUAUUCCUUGGAAACCCAUUUCAUAGUUUCAUCGAACGCUCCUCUCGGGACCCAUUUCAUCUCUUUUCAUGGGUAUUCUAAAGAUUUGAUUGUCUAAGACAAGAGGCCGGAUUUCCUGGUAUUGGGUUCCAAUCGUUUUUGCUCUUAUUUAGUUGGGUUCUUUCAGUGAACGUGGAAGUCCGCUCCAAUGGGGGAUGUGGCGAAGGACUUGGCUUCUGGGACUGUUGGAGGAGUAGCACAAUUGAUUGUUGGGCACCCCUUCGACACCAUUAAGGUCAAACUCCAGAGCCAGCCUGCUCCACUCCCAGGCCAAGCUCCCAAGUAUGCUGGUGCAAUGGAUGCUGUCAGGCAAACAAUAGCUGCUGAAGGCCCUAGAGGUUUGUAUAAAGGUAUGGGAGCUCCACUGGCAACUGUGGCUGCCUUCAAUGCCGUUCUCUUCUCUGUGAGGGGACAAAUGGAGGGAUUAUUGCGGUCUCAACCUGGUGCUCCACUUACAGUUAACCAGCAAGUUGUCUGUGGGGCAGGGGCUGGAGUUGCCGUUUCCAUUUUAGCUUGCCCCACUGAAUUGAUCAAGUGCAGGUUGCAAGCCCAGAGUGCAUUGGCAGAUUCCGGUUCGGCUAGUGUGGCAGUGAAGUACAGUGGACCAAUGGAUGUAGCCAGGCAGGUUCUCAGAUCAGAAGGGGGUGUAAGGGGUCUCUUCAAGGGAUUGUUUCCCACAAUGGCACGUGAGGUUCCCGGAAAUGCUGCAAUGUUUGGUGUCUAUGAAGCUCUGAAGCAGUACUUCGCCGGUGGCCAAGACACUUCUGGAUUGGGAAGAGGCUCUUUGAUUGUGGCUGGAGGCUUAGCCGGAGGUACCUUCUGGCUCUCUGUCUAUCCAACUGAUGUCGUCAAAAGUGUAAUUCAGGUAGAUGAUUACAAAAAUCCCAAGUUCUCUGGCUCCAUUGAUGCUUUUAGAAAGAUCCUGGCUUCAGAGGGAGUAAAAGGCCUGUACAGGGGCUUUGGACCUGCAAUGGCCCGAAGUAUUCCUGCAAAUGCUGCGUGUUUCUUGGCAUAUGAGGUGACAAAGUCAAGUCUGGGAUAAUCUGUUCUUUCAGUUUUAGUGGUUAAGGAUUUGGUUGAAUUGAAGCAAUGGUUUAACCACUGAAUAAAACUGUUUUAAGAGAAUGUUUUGCAAUGCUGGCAAGCUCUCUGUACUCUGUAAUUCCACUUGGUUGCUGGAAAAGGAACAUUUUUUCACCAAUUGAUUUAUAAAGGCACCAGUUGCUGAACUUUGCUUUUC